AUGUACGUAACCCCAGGGCUGAGCAGUAAGCCGUACAAGUGGGCCAGUCCGGCUCCAUACAACGAGCGUAUAGCUAACACACUCACCUAUGAAGCUGGGCGGAGGCGCCAGGCUCCAUACAACGAGCGUAUAGCUAACACACUCACCUAUGAAGCUGGAGGGAGGUGCCAGGCUCCAUACAACGAGCGUAUAGCUAACACACUCACCUAUGCAGCUGGAGGGAGGCGCCAGGCUCCAUACAACGAACGUAUAGCUAACACACUCACCUAUGAAGCUGGAGGGAGGCGCCAGGCUCCAUACAACGAACGUAUAGCUAACACACUCACCUAUGAAGCUGGGCGGAGGCGCCAGGCUCCAUACAACGAGCGUAUAGCUAACACACUCACCUAUGAAGCUGGAGGGAGGCGCCAGGCUCCAUACAACGAGCGUAUAGCUAACACACUCACCUAUGAAGCUGGGCGGAGGCGCCAGGCUCCAUACAACGAGCGUAUAGCUAACACACUCACCUAUGAAGCUGGAGGGAGGCGCCAGGCUCCAUACAACGAGCGUAUAGCUAACACACUCACCUAUGAAGCUGGAGGGAGGCGCCAGGCUCCAUACAACGAGCGUAUAGCUAACACACUCACCUAUGAAGCUGGAGGGAGGCGCCAGGCUCCAUACAACGAGCGUAUAGCUAACACACUCACCUAUGAAGCUGGAGGGAGGCGCCAGGCUCCAUACAACGAGCGUAUAGCUAACACACUCACCUAUGAAGCUGGAUAGAGGCGCCAGGCUCCAUACAACGAGCGUAUAGCUAACACACUCACCUAUGAAGCUGGGCGGAGGCGCCAGGCUCCAUACAACGAGCGUUUAGCUAACACACUCACCUAUGAAGCUGGAGGGAGGCGCCAGGCUCCAUACAACGAGCGUAUAGCUAACACACUUACCUAUGGAGCUGGAGGGAGGCGCCAGGCUCCAUACAACGAGCGUAUAGCUAACACACUCACCUAUGAAGCUGGAGGGAGGCGCCAGGCUCCAUACAACGAGCGUAUAGCUAACACACUCACCUAUGAAGCUGGGCGGAGGCGCCAGGCUCCAUACAACGAACGUAUAGCUAACAUACUCACCUAUGAAGCUGGAGGGAGGCGCCAGGCUCCAUACAACGAGCGUAUAGCUAACACACUCACCUAUGAAGCUGGAGGGAGGCGCCAGGCUCCAUACAACGAGCGUAUAGCUAACACACUCACCUAUGAAGCUGGAGGGAGGCGCCAGGCUCCAUACAACGAGCGUAUAGCUAACACACUCACCUAUGAAGCUGGGCGGAGGCGCCAGGCUCCAUACAACGAGCGUAUAGCUAACACACUCACCUAUGAAGCUGGAGGGAGGCGCCAGGCUCCAUACAACGAGCGUAUAGCUAACACACUCACCUAUGAAGCUGGAGGGAGGCGCCAGGCUCCAUACAACGAGCGUAUAGCUAACACACUCACCUAUGAAGCUGGAGGGAGGCGCCAGGCUCCAUACAACGAGCGUACAGCUAGCACACUCACCUAUGAAGCUGGGCGGAGGCGCCAGGCUCCAUACAACGAACGUAUAGCUAACACACUCACCUAUGAAGCUGGAGGGAGGCGCCAGGCUCCAUACAACGAGCGUACAGCUAGUACACUCACCUAUGAAGCUGGAGGGAGGCGCCAGGCUCCAUACAACGAGCGUAUAGCUAACACACUCACCUAUGAAGCUGGAGGGAGGCGCCAGGCUCCAUACAACGAGCUUACAGCUAGCACACUCAUCUACGAAGCUGGAGGAGGGGCGCCAGGCUCUAUACAACGAGCGUACAACUAUCAUACUCACCUAUGA